UAGAGGGCAUAGACUGCUGCACGACUCCGACACACAGCAGACAACCAAACUCACCUCGUCCUGCACAACAAACAAAUAUGGACCUCCACAGGACCAGUAUAAUAAACCAAAUGGAUUAUAACCGGGAGUCUAAAGAAGGGAAGGCGGGUCAGUCGACGGAGGAGCGGUUGGACAGCGGCUUGGACUCGUUAAAAGAAGAGGAGUACCAGGCUGUGGCGGCCGAGAUCCGGCGGCUCCAGGUGGAAUGUGAGCCGCAGAGGCAGCACCAGAGUCCCGCUGUAACCCGAGAGCUGCACGAAUGGAAAACACAGAUCACGGAGGACGGAGACACGCUGCUCCACUUGGCCAUCAUCCACGAGGCCAAGGACUACAUCAGGACUAUGAUAGACCUGUCCAAGAACACAGACUUUCUCGACACACAAAAUGACCAGAGACAGACUCCUCUGCACUUAGCUGUAAUAACAAACCAAGCAGAUGUGUGUCAGCGCCUCCUGGUAUCUGGCUGCGACCCCACGCUGGUGGACGACAGUGGGGAUACACCUCUUCACAUCGCCUGUCGCCAUGGUAACCUGCUUUGCUUCAGCGUCAUCACACAAAACUGCCAGCCAGAGCAUCUACACAAAGUGAUGGCUUCCUGCAACUAUCAAGGUCAGAACUGUCUCCAUCUGGCUUCAGUUCAGGGUUUCCUCUCACUGGUGGAGAAUAUGGUGGAUCUAGGAGCUGACAUCAAUGCAAAGGAGCAGCGAAAUGGCCGUGGUGCCCUCCACCUGGCUGUAGACCAGCAGAAUCUCUCUCUGGUCAAACUACUGUUGAAGAAAGGAGCGGACCCAAACCUUCUCACCUCAGGAGGUCACACCCCCUACCACUUAACCUACGGUCGGGACAAUGACGACAUCAGGAAAGAGCUGUUCUCCCUGACGAAGCCUGACCUGAGGGAGCUUCCCGACAGUGAAUCAGAUGACAGCGAGGCAGAGGAGGAAGAGGAGUCUGAUGAUGAGGUGAGUUAUGACGACAUUCAGUGGAACGGACAUUAGCAGGAAACGAGAGAGCGAGGGGAAGUUACAAGGGCAGGAGGCUGUGAUGAUGAGAAAUGGCUCAGCAUGUCGACUACUUCCUGCGAUGACGUCACGAGGGCCUGAUGGUGUGGGUGACACGGCGCCAGUGCUGGCAAAAACAGAUGGACAGGCAGCUGCUAAAGGAGAAUCAAAAAGAGACUGAUGUUCAAAUAACCAAUGAGUCUGCUCCGGAGCUGCAGGAGAGCAAACGUGCGCUGAGAUGUGAAUACAUGACAUGUUAUGAUGGGAUGGGUUUGCUGAAUGAUGCGAGGAUUGCUUGUAUUCUGUGUUUUAUAUGUCACAUAAAACAUCCAUCCACACAGAUGUACCUGCAACAGCUCUGUUGUAUGAUAUUGUAAAUGCUGUGUAUAAAAAGAUGUAUUUUUAUGGAAGCUGUGAAUGUGUAGACUUGAGCAGGUUGUGUUGUAAAUGUCUGACAGAAAACAGUCCAGCACACUCCAGUUAAAUUAAAAACACUCAUAUUUAACAGAACAAACCCCGUCUGAGUAUAUUUGUGCAGUCUGAGGAAACUGAUGGCGUGUGAGUGGAAAAUUCCUGGAUGGCAACUGCAGUACUAAGUUUGGACAAUAAUGCUUACAUUAGACAUCAUAAACUUGGUAAUAUCAUAAUGUAACCCCCCCUUAGAACCCAGCAUGUAAUCAGCAGAGCUUGACAAUAUAACAAGGCUGCAAUUAUAUGGGAACAUACUUGAGUCACAUGCUUCUCGAAGGCAGUCAGUGUGUCUCUGUCUAUAAAAACCUCAGUCAAAGAAUGACAGCUGAGUCUUAGCUCAGACUGGUGGCUCUUUAUUUUUGUAUGAUGCAUGUCACACAGGAAAGGAUUCAUAACUCGACAACCCGUCUCCACUGAAUGAGGAACUGGUGGACUGUUCAGCUUGCAACACUUCCUCCUGGCUUUCAGGUAGAAAGAGAUAAGAAAGGCCAAGGGAAAUUUUCUGUGUGGAAUGAGGCCGAUUGCUCUGUCAUAUAAAUAAGGAAGUUUCUUUUUACAUGGGUGGGGCUUCGAGGGAAGGACAGGAAAUUCCCAGGAACAGAACACUCAGCUGUUCAUGACAUUCCUGCCUCUUAUUGCUCCAAAGAAGGGAAUCUCCGUCGAAUAACAGGAUGCUUCAGU